AUGUCAAUGAAAUAUGUUGCUUGUGUUUUCCACGUUUGCUCUCACAUUCUGCCGCCUCUAACAAAUAGUUUUCAUUGUUGUCGAGCAUUAAAUUCACAUUUCUGCAAGAAUGUACUUUUAACGUCUGUGCAGAUGAAUGCAGAAGUUUUCACUAAUGUCAGAGUCGUCCUUUGGGAAAGAAAUAAACGAAGAAUGAGCAAAUUAUGGUGUGUUGUUGUAGAUAUUUAG